CAUUACCAUUCUGAACCAAUUCGUCGAUUCUUACAGCAUUUGCCGGAGUUCUUCUCUCUCUACCUUUCUCUCUCAUCAAUCGGUUUCAAACAAUGCUAAGCAAAUGGUUGGCGUAGAAUCCAAUCCAUGGUAGCCUGUCAAUCUUCAACCAAAAUCUAGGCUUCCAUCGAGAUAUCAUUUUCCGGCUGCCGGUGGGUGGGGACUUCUGUGAGAAUUUCAUUUUUCUGUAUUUCUCUGUGGAGAUCUUCUCCGAUUAUUCCAUUUCUAGGUUUUGGUUUAGGAAUGAAUGUUAGGUUUUCGCGAUGGGGGAGGCUAAUUGUUUGUGUAUAAUCAUGCUUUUUGGUUGAAAAUUUGGGGCAAACGCGUGUAGAUUGCUGGUUUGUUUAUGUGUUUGAGAAAUUAUUCGAUUUUAUUGUAAUUGAUUUUAGGGGCUUUUUAUUUGAGGCUAUGUAUAUUGAGAAAUUGAAGGAAGAGGAGUUGCAGAGUGGGGAAGAGGGGAAUUCAGGUGUUAUCGUUAGUAAUUUGGAGAGCCAAAGCAUUGUUAGGUCUGAUGUGAAAAGGAUCGUUGUUGGAGUUGGGGCUCGUGUUCUUUUCUACCCAACUUUGCUUUACAAUGUUUUCAGAAAUAAGCUUCAGACGGAGUUUCGAUGGUGGGACAAGGUUGAUGAGUUCAUAUUGUUAGGUGCUGUUCCAUUCCCUGCGGAUGUUCCCUGUUUGAAGGAGGUUGGCGUUCGAGGAGUGAUAACACUAAAUGAGCCAUAUGAGACCUUGGUUCCUUCGACUCUAUAUCGUGAUCAUGGAAUUGAUCAUCUGACCAUUCCGACUAGAGACUAUUGCUUUGCACCUUUAUUGAGUGACAUUUGUGUUGCUGUAAAUUUCAUCCACAAAAAUGCAUCACAUGGACAGACUACUUAUGUUCAUUGUAAAGCUGGACGCGGGCGUAGCACAACCAUUGUUAUUUGCUAUUUGGUGCAAUACAAGCAAAUGACGCCAGAAGAAGCUUAUAAACAUGUGAAGUCAAUCAGGCCAAGGGUGCUUUUAGCACCAUCACAGUGGCAGGCUGUCCUAGAAUUCUACCGCCUGAUUGUGCAGAAGGAUGCUUCCUUCUGCCACAUAAAUGAUUUAGGAAAGAAAGAAUCAGAAUCAGCGCAUGAUCUUAUUGCAUUUGAUGAUAGUUCUGUAGUUGUUGUAAAAGAAUCCGAUCUUGAUGGAUAUGACGAAAGUAGCAGCCAAAGUGAAAUGGGUGAUAUCUGGGCAGAUUUAAGUGUAGUCUGCAGGGUUCGUGUUGCUGGUCAGGCAGCCCUCACAAGAUUCUCUUGUUUGUUGCUCAGCUAUCGAGAAAAACACCAUAGCCAGGAGAUUAAAGGUGAUGAUCCAGGCGUCAGGAAGGGCUGUUCACUCAGUGCAACUCAUUUGGAAGGGUUCAGUGUGGACAUUCAUGUCUAUUAAACCAACUCAGAGGUCACAACUUUUCUGAACUUGCCUCAUAUGUAUAUAUAUAUAUAUAUAUGAUAAAAUAUAGCUAAAUAUGUACCAGGCAGAAUUGAAAUUGUUAAUAUAUUCCUGUAAGUGAGAUUGUACUGUCCAAUAUGUUCUCAUUCUGAAUGCAUUAAUGCAAUUCUCAUGUUUCAUA